AUGGAGGCUAUUCAUGCCAAGCUAAUUCAACUUGAGAGGCAAAUGGAGCAAAGGGAUAAAGCCCUAGUGCUCACCGCACGGCAGCUGAACAUGAAACUACAAGCAGGGGAGAAGCUCGCAGAGGAAGACCAUCAACGUCUUUAUAAAGUAAUGGCGAAUGUGAGAAAUAUUCUGGAUGAGGAAGGGAAAAGGAUGAAAGUUCCAUUGCUAGACCUCUUGAAAAGAGAGCAGGCCAACAGCGAAGAGCUCCAAGAGAAUCGCCAUGAGUUGAUUCAGGGUUUUGAGAACAUGCCGAUUAGUGGGGGCGCCGUUGUUGGAAUCAAAAGGAUGGGCCAACAUGAUGAAAAUCCUUUUCGCGCCACAUGCAAUUUGAAAUACAGGGACAAUGAUCCAGAGGGCAAAGCUGCAAGGUUGGUCUCGUAUUGGCAGGAGGAAAUACAGAAGCCAUCAUGGCGUCCGUUUACUAAAAUUCAGGUCGAUGAAGAUAAGGAGGUUAUAGAUGACAAUGAUCCAAGACUAAGCAAGCUGCAGUUUGAUUGUGGUGACAGCGUCUGCAAUGCAGUGAAGGAUGGACUGAGAGAGCUAAACGAGUAUAGUCCUCGCGAGCGGCAUGUCAUGAAUGAGGCCUGGAACUUCCGGGAAGGGCGAAAAGCAGCAAUUAUAGAGGAUCACCCAGGAUUUCGAGGAAAUGAAUUCAAGGUCCCCCCAAAAAAAUGUUCAAAUUCAAUAUAA